AUGCGCCCGCCCGCCCCCUCCCCGGCCGAGCUUCUGUCGGCGCCAACCCACCCACCAGGCUCUGUCCGCGCCAAGCGCGCCCCUGGCGGACCUGGAGCGGGGAAAGGCGAAGCGCUGGGCACGCGAGGGCCUGUUAUUCGGAAGAAGUCCCAGACCCUAGACCCAGCCUCCCAGAACCCGUCCCUGAGCUCGCCUGGUGGGCCUGUAGGCGGGUCCUCCUUUGCUCAGAGGCCGGGUCGGAGCGUCAGCACCAGGAGCCGAGGGUGGCUCUCUGCUCGCCCGGGGGAAGGUGUUUCUCUCCUGUCGGCCCCAAUUCCCCGCCCGGCGCCUGGGGCCUGGCCCUGCGGGGCUCGGCUCCUGGCCGGGGGCGCAGAGCUGGCCCGGCCUGCUUUGGCUGGGGUGGAGAUCUCGCUGUCAGGGAUUGUUGGGCGUCUCUGCCCCGCGACGAGCCUGGGAAAUAUGGAGGACCGUCCUCCGCAAGCGGGUGUUGCGGGCGCUCUCCAAUACCCGGCGACCCACGAAUUCCUCCUCUUCCUCCAGCCAACCCCACGGCCCAGCCUGCAGACCCUGCGCGGCCAGGUCUCCGCCCACCGGCCCGCCAGGCGCCCCGGAGCCAACCUGGGCGCGCAGCCCAUGCUCUGGCCGGCGUGGGUCUACUGUACGCGCUACUCGGACCGGCCUUCUUCAGGUCCCAGGUCUCGAAAACCAAAGAAGAAGAACCCGAACAAAGAGGACAAGCGGCCGCGCACGGCCUUUACCGCGGAGCAGCUGCAGAGGCUCAAGGCCGAGUUCCAGACCAACAGGUACCUGACAGAGCAGCGGCGCCAGAGCCUGGCGCAGGAGCUCAGCCUCAACGAGUCACAGAUCAAGAUUUGGUUCCAGAACAAGCGCGCCAAGAUCAAGAAGGCCACGGGCAACAAGAACACGCUGGCCGUGCACCUCAUGGCACAGGGCUUGUACAACCACUCCACCACGGCCAAGGAGGGCAAGUCGGACAGCGAGUAAGGCGGGGGGGCAUGGAGGCCAGGUCUCAGUCCGCGCUAAACAAUGCAAUAAUUUAAAAUCAUAAAGGGCCAGUGUAUAAAGAUUAUACCAGCAUUAAUAGUGAAAAUAUCGUGUAUUAGCUAAGGUUCUGCAAUAUUCUAUGUAUAUAUAAUUUACAAGUGGUAUAAAAUCCAAAAUAUCUGACUAUAAAAUAUUUUUGUUUUUUGUGUUUAUGAGAUUAUGCUAAUUUUAUGGGUUUUUUUUCUUUUUUUGCGAAGGGGGCUGCUUAGGGUUUCAUCUUUUUUUAAUCCCCUAAGCUACAUUAUAUGACAUUGGACACUUUUUUAUUAUUUCAAAAGAAGAA